CCCCCACCCCCUGGUGAGGUCAGGCAGAGGCUCUGCCGCUGCGGCCGCGGCAGCACGGCUCUUAUUCCCCGGGAUCCCGGAACAGGGACUUUUGAAAAUCACUGGAGCGGCGUUUGGGUUAGGGUUUGCGCUGUCUGCUUGCGAGAGGACGGGGUGAAGUGGUUAGGGGGCGAUCAGAGUGUUGCGGAGGUGCGGGUGCUGGUACCUCGCGGCAGGAGGCAGCCCCGGCUGUGCCGCGCGACUCCUUCUUCAGCUCUCGGAGCGUGAGCGCAGCUGCGGGCAGACGAGCAGCGGGACGCCAGGACGUGGCAAACGAGCUCAAAAGAAGAAUGUUCAGAGGAUGACAAGUGUAUUCUGAGUAGUACCGUGGUGACAACAUGCCAUUGAAAUGGAAAACGAGCUCUCCUGCUAUCUGGAAAUUCCCAGUUCCUGUGCUUAAAACAUCCAGGUCAACUCCACUUUCUCCAGCAUACAUAUCUCUCGUGGAAGAGGAAGACCAACACAUGAAAUUGUCCCUUGGAAGCAGCGAAAUGGGCCUCUCAUCCCAUUUGCAGUCUUCCAAGGCAGGAACCACACGCAUCUUUACCAGCAAUACCCACAGUUCUGUGGUAUUACAGGGCUUUGACCAGCUGCGGCUUGAAGGAUUGCUUUGUGAUGUGACCCUGAUGCCAGGUGACACAGAUGAUGCCUUCCCUGUGCAUAGAGUUAUGAUGGCAUCUGCUAGUGAUUACUUCAAGGCUAUGUUCACAGGUGGAAUGAAAGAACAAGAUUUAAUGUGCAUUAAGCUUCAUGGUGUGAGCAAAGUCGGUCUAAGGAAAAUUAUUGAUUUCAUUUAUACUGCAAAACUUUCUCUUAAUAUGGACAACCUUCAAGACACACUGGAAGCUGCUAGCUUUCUACAGAUUCUGCCAGUUUUGGACUUCUGUAAAGUAUUUCUCAUUUCUGGGAUUACUUUAGACAAUUGUGUCGAAGUUGGGCGGAUUGCCAACACCUACAAUCUGACAGAAGUGGAUAAAUAUAUCAACAGUUUUGUCUUGAAGAAUUUUCCUGCAUUGCUGAGUACUGGGGAGUUCUUGAAACUCCCCUUUGAGCGUCUUGCCUUUGUGCUUUCCAGUAACAGCCUUAAGCAUUGCACUGAACUUGAGCUCUUUAAGGCUACCUGUCGCUGGCUUCGCCUGGAAGAGCCUCGGAUGGACUUUGCUGCGAAAUUGAUGAAGAACAUACGAUUUCCACUGAUGACACCACAGGAGCUCAUUAAUUACGUGCAAACAGUAGAUUUCAUGAGAACUGACAAUACUUGUGUGAAUUUGCUUUUGGAAGCCAGCAAUUACCAAAUGAUGCCAUAUAUGCAGCCAGUGAUGCAGUCAGACAGGACUGCCAUUCGGUCUGACACCACUCAUUUGGUUACACUAGGAGGAGUGCUGAGACAGCAGCUGGUUGUCAGUAAGGAGCUGCGCAUGUAUGAUGAAAAGGCCCACGAGUGGAAAUCCUUGGCGCCCAUGGAUGCCCCAAGGUACCAGCAUGGCAUCGCCGUCAUUGGAAAUUUCCUCUAUGUCGUUGGUGGACAGAGCAAUUAUGACACAAAAGGAAAAACAGCAGUUGAUACAGUCUUCAGAUUUGAUCCCCGAUACAACAAAUGGAUGCAAGUUGCCUCACUAAAUGAAAAGCGCACCUUCUUCCACCUAAGUGCCCUCAAAGGAUAUCUGUAUGCAGUCGGUGGACGCAAUGCAGCUGGUGAACUGCCUACAGUAGAAUGUUACAAUCCAAGAACAAACGAGUGGACCUAUGUUGCCAAAAUGAGUGAGCCCCACUAUGGCCAUGCUGGAACUGUAUAUGGAGGAGUGAUGUAUAUUUCAGGAGGAAUUACUCAUGAUACUUUCCAAAAGGAGCUCAUGUGCUUUGACCCUGAUACUGACAAAUGGAUCCAGAAGGCGCCAAUGACCACUGUGCGAGGUCUGCAUUGUAUGUGUACAGUGGGAGAAAGGCUCUAUGUCAUUGGCGGCAAUCACUUCAGAGGAACCAGUGAUUACGAUGAUGUCCUAAGCUGUGAAUACUAUUCACCUAUCCUUGAUCAGUGGACCCCAAUUGCUGCCAUGUUAAGAGGGCAGAGUGAUGUUGGGGUCGCUGUCUUUGAAAAUAAAAUAUAUGUGGUUGGUGGGUACUCUUGGAAUAACCGUUGUAUGGUAGAGAUAGUGCAGAAAUAUGAUCCCGAUAAAGAUGAAUGGCAUAAGGUUUUUGAUCUCCCAGAGUCCCUGGGUGGCAUUCGAGCUUGCACACUUACAGUUUUUCCACCUGAGGAAACCACACCAUCACCUUCUAGAGAGUCUCCUCUUUCUGCACCUUAAGAUCAUUCGUACAACUAAGAUGCUGUAGUCCUAUCUUUGCAAUGUGUCACGAGUUCUCUUCUUUUUCUCCCCUUUAGUAGUAUAUAUGUUAGGAUUAGCCUCCAGUAAUUGAUACAGCUAUUGGAAAAAAGAUGACUUUGAUGUUCUUUGUGCUGUUUGUUUGGCUUAGAAUGUUUAUAAAGUGGUAACAAAACCAUUCUGGCAAUGUUUCCCAUAGAAGCUGAUGUUUAACAUAUGAAAAAAAAAAGGUAUUGUCUAUAAAAAUGUUUCUUCAGUACUUUUUAAAUGCUGUGUACUGGGUGUAACGUAUUUGUCAUCUUACAUUAUUAAGCCCAAUAAGCCAAGUUGAAGGUGGAUGAUAGAAAAUGUACAACUGUGUUCACUAGACUUCAAAGUAAACAGUUUUCCUUUCAUCUUUGACUGUGAGAUGUCAAAGGGAGGCAGGCUGCUCCAACAGGAAACCAUACACAAAGGUUGCCAAUUCGCAUGAGCAACCUCCCUCUUUUCAUAAAGUAUUUUUGACAUAACUGUCAACCCACCUAACUGUGUGGGUGCAUUGAGAACAUAUGAAGUUUCUUAGACACACAGGAGAAAUGACUGGAAUUCUCCAAUUCUAAUUUAAAAAUACAGCAUGACCCUUUUACAUAUCAACAAAGAUUUGGGGUUUUGAAAGUGUGUGUAAAUACACACACACAUACCUAUAUCAAAUGCAGAGUUUUAAAAAUUGAGUGGCACAUCAAGUAAAUAUGAAAUUUUAAAAAAUCUUCCUCCAAAGCAGCUUCUAUUAAAAUGGGAAUUCAGUAUGCACAUGCUGAAUGCAUGUAUGUAGAACCAUACUGAAUUUAGGUGGAUAAGGGCUAGAAAAUUUGAGCAACUAAAUUUGUCACUUCACCAAAUUUUAUCUUCAAAAACUGUAUUCUACUUCUUCUCCUUUGCUGUUGAGGUAACUUAUAUAUUAUAUGUAUUCUGUAUACUCUCAGUUCAUACGGUUGUUCAGCACAAAGUAUAGCAGCUUCACCUGGAGAGCUGCUUUUGCUCAGUGAAUUCAACUUCCAUGUUUUAUCUUUUUUUUCUGUUCAAUAAAAAAAAAAAACAUUUAAUGUCAUUUUGG